UCAAGGUACUUCUUCCAACAACUUAUUUCUGGACAAAUAUGCCAUCGUGACUUGAAGCUGGAGAAUACUCUUCUAGAUGGAAUCCCGACCCCGUGCUUGAAAAUAUGCGACUUUGGUUACUCAAGGGUAGACUGGAUAUUUAGGCCUAAGUCAACUGUUGGUACACCUGCUUAUAUUGCUCUGGAGGUCCUCUCCAGGAGAGAAUAUGAUGGGAAGUUGGCUGACGUUUGGUCGUGCAGGGUGACAUUUUAUGUUAUGCUUGUCGGAGCACAUCCUUUUGAAGAUCAAGAAGUUCCAAAGAACUUUAGGAAAACCAUCCAAGUAAGCCUUUUCAUUGAUAAUGGCGGUCAAUACAAGAUCCCCGAUUAUGUCCACAUAUCUCAAGAUUGUAGGCGCCUCCUCUCUCGCAUUAUUGUUGCAAAUCCUUCCA